CAGGGCUGAGGACACAAGAAAAAAUGAGGCAGAGCCAUUAAGUCUUCGUAACCAGAUUCUCGAUGUGGCUCCCAUCAAUAGCAUGCCAUAUAUUGGUCCACCUCUACCACACAGCUACAUUCCUUCUUCUCCGCAAGCAGAAGAUCCUGAGGCUGUGGUGAACGUUGGGCCAGCUAUGGUAUAUUGUCCUCUGACAACCCGUCAAGAGUGGGACAAUAUUGUAUCUUCCACCAAAAGCGGGGUUGCCCUCACUGGCACUGCAGCCAUGGGAAAAGUUGGACCAGUUAUCGGACGUGUGGACAUCGGUGAGGAUGACAAUUCGUACUUCUUCCGUGUCUCUCUUCCAGGGGUGGCUAGAGAUCAAAACAGUUUCAGCUGCGACAUGGACCCGGACGGGAAAGUGAAAAUAAUAGGAGUAACGACGACAGGCGAGAACAUAGUAUGUAAGAAUUCACAAGUGUUUCGGAUGCAGUCGAAAAAUCUAUGUCCACCAGGUCAUUUCUCUAUCACUUUUCAGCUACCUGGUCCUGUCAAUAACCUGCAAUUUUCUGGUGCUUUUGGGGCAGAUGGGAUUUUAGAAGGCAGUGUAGCUAAAGGGUGAUCGACAGGCUUAAAUAGGGGGGGUGAGGCCUUUCUGUUAAGGAAACAGGUCUAUUAGGAAAGAACUUAAUUUUUGCUCUGAUUCCCUAGGAGAUGCUUUGGAAGGACCUGCUGAAUUUUCUCAACCAAGCUCCUAGAGAACACCUCAAUGCUAUCGAAUUUGUAGUUUUGUUGAAAGAUCUGCUGCAUAGAGAACGAGUAGGUCAGGUCAUUUUACAUCUUGGUUCGAGGGCUUGGCCUAGCUUACUCAGCGCUAGUUCGAGAUUGGCUAAGCAACCCCUUUGAACCUGGAGAAGGUGAGACGUCAGGUCAUUUUACAUCUUGGUCCAGGGGCCUUGGCCUAGCUUACUAAGCGCUAGUUCGAGAUCGGCCAAGCAUUCCCUUCGGACCUCAUUCCUCUCUCUUACCCUCUCUCUCUCUCUCUCUUUCUCCCUCCCACUUAUUGAUUGAUUGAGUACUAUCAUUAGUAGAUCCAUUUUGGAUUAUAAUCAAUUUCAAGUAAACCCAUCAUCAAAUUGUGGUGAAAAAGGUGUAUUGAAACCAUUAGGAUCGAAUAGUUGACAUUGAGAUUGAUUGACUAGUCUCAUAUGAUUCAAUUAUUUUUUUUUAUUUAUCAA